AUGAGCGUCCCCUUCCGCGAUCAUCUUGGGGGGCGAGGGACUGAGUCUGACGCGCGCCAGUAUCCCAUUCUGCAGCCACAAUCCAAACAGCCGGCUCCUUUGCAUGCAGACCCUCCUCGCGACCGGUAUCGCGCUCGCCCCAGUGUUCAUCACGAUGGGGUGGAGGAUGACGAUGCCUUCAGACUAGAGCAGUCACUCAAAUCUAUUGAUGAAAGAAUGCUGCCCCACCCACAUGUAGAUCGCCAGAGUAAAGCGGCCAGAGGCCAAGCACGACUCUCGUUUUUACCACAAUCCGGCAUAUUAUGCGCUACUGCUGUAUCUUCGUCGCAAAACCCGGAUUUGUAUCAUCCCAAGACUGAACCCAGAGAUGAUGUUUGUGACCAAGAUGGCUGUUCCAUGCCACCACCGCGACGUGGUCUCAGCCAAUUUGAUUACAAGCCAGCGCAGCCCCCUCCAGAGUCGAGCUCGGAUGUCCCGUUGGGUGUUUCAUCCAGCCCAUCGUUCAUGGCUGCCAAAAGACACGCCGGGGCCACCCAGAAGUUCGCCCAACCAACGCUACAGCCGCGUCACUACAAGCAGGAGGACAUGUUCGGCACUCCGUACCUACAAGCAGAAUUUCCACAUCCUCAGCACCAUGCCUCUGUAGCAGCGGAAGCUUCACGUCCGAGUGCUUGCUCUAGUGCACCGAUCACGCAAGGCAUACAGCAGGUGCCUGUAUCAGAGCUCCCGGAUAGGCUCCGCACAAUUUUCCCGUAUCCGAUCUUCAACGCUGUUCAGUCCAAGUGUUUCGAUGCCGUUUAUAGGACCGAUGAAAACUUUGUGCUGUCGUCACCGACCGGAAGUGGGAAAACUGCUGUGUUGGAGCUCGCCAUAUGUCGAGCCAUCUCCAAGAACUCCACUGGCCAGUACAAGAUUGUCUACCAAGCCCCAACCAAGGCGCUAUGCUCUGAACGUCAGCGGGAUUGGCAAUGGAAGUUCGGUCCACUUGAGCUCGAUUGCGUUGAGCUUACGGGCGACUCCGAGUCAGCUGACUUGCGAAACAUCCAGAGCGCCAAUAUCAUCAUCACUACUCCAGAAAAGUGGGACAGUAUUACGCGGAAAUGGAAAGACCACGAGAAGUUGAUGCGACUCGUCAAUCUGUUUCUUAUUGACGAAGUCCAUUUAUUGAAGGAAAAUCGUGGUGCUACCCUAGAAGUUGUCGUGUCACGGAUGAAGUCUACCGGCACCGAUGUUCGAUUUGUUGCUCUGUCUGCAACAGUGCCAAAUUUCCUGGAUGUAGCAACCUGGCUUGGCAAGAGCGCGGCCGAGCCUUACGAACCGGCCACCAAUGAGAAGUUUGGCGAAGAGUUCCGUCCAGUCAAGUUACGAAAGCAUGUAUGCGGCUAUCAGUCGAGUGCCAACGACUUCGCGUUCGAGAAAAUCCUUGAUACAAAGCUACUGGAUGUUGUUAAAAACUUUUCGGGAGGGAAGCCCAUCAUGGUCUUCUGUUUCACUCGCAAAUCUGCCAUAGCCACGGCGAAAGUACUUGCAAACUGGUGGAUCACCCGGCAUGCAAAGGACCGGGCCUGGAAGCCACCCACCAAACCCUUGUCCUUUCGAGACCGCGACCUUCGUGAAUGUGCUGCUUCCGGUGUGGCGUUCCAUCAUGCUGGCAUCGACUCUAAGGACAGAAUCAAAGUCGAGAAAGCAUACCUGGAAGGGGAGCUUAGUGUGAUAUGCUGCACUUCUACCCUAGCGGUAGGUGUGAACCUGCCUUGUCACCUCGUUAUCAUCAAAAAUACUGUCAGCUUCACGCAGAACGGGAUCCAGGAAUAUUCGGACCUCGAGAUUUUGCAGAUGCUUGGGCGUGCUGGGCGACCCCAAUUCGAUGACACUGCAGUCGCUGUGAUCAUGACCCGACAAAAAAAAGUUCGCAAGUAUGAGCUUAUGGUGACAGGACAAGAAAUCCUAGAGAGUACACUUCAUUUAGGCCUUAUCGACCAUUUGAACGCCGAAAUAGGCCUUGGUACCAUACGAGAUCUAUAUUCGGCACGAAAGUGGCUUGCAAGUACGUUUCUCUACGUUCGCAUCAGAAGAAACCCAGCGCAUUACAAGUUGGAAGGGUCGCGGAGCGGGCAAAGCAUCGAUGAGCAACUUGAUGAUAUCUGUUUCCGGGAUAUUACACUGCUUCGCCAGCACAAUCUGAUGACAGGUGAAGACUUCUUUUGCAGUACUGACUAUGGCCAUGCUAUGGCCCAGUACUAUGUCCAAUUCGACAGCAUGCAGGUGUUUAUGGGUCUUCCGCCGAAGGCGACAAUCUCUGAGAUUCUUUCGGCCAUUGCACAGGCAUCUGAGUUCGCAAAUAUUCGUUUCAGGAGUGGUGAGAAAUCAUUGUAUAAGAGCAUCAACAGCUCGCCAUACAUUCGAUUUCCCAUCCCAGUGAACCUGGACCUGCCCGCGCAUAAAGUGUCGUUGUUGAUUCAAUCCAUUCUAGGUGGCGCAGACAUCUCCUGGGAUGGCGAAAAUGUAAAGCACCGGACGCAAUACAACACCGAAGCAGUAGUGAUAUUCAAGCAGAUCAAUCGUCUCAUACGUUGCAUCAUCGCCUGUCAAAUAUAUGCUGGCGAUUCAGUGAGCAUCAACAAUGCUCUGAUUUUGGAGCGAAGCCUGGCUGCACGGGUAUGGGAUGACAGUCCGAUUCAAAUGAAGCAGAUCGACACACUGGGUAUUGUUGGAUGCAGAAAACUGGCCCAAGCUGGAAUCAGGUCACUGGAAGAGCUCGAGUGUACCGAGGCUCACCGUAUUGAGCACCUGCUUGGUCGCAAUCCGCCAUUCGGCCUGAAAAUCCUUGAGAAAAUGAAGGUCUUCCCGAAGUUGCGAGUUUCGCUGCAGCUGCAACCGCCAGCAAUUACGAAGACUCCUGAAGGCGUGAAAGUCCUCAUUAAGACUGACAUCGGCUUUAUCAACGAGAGACCACCGGAUAGAUUUGCGGGCAAGGCGGUUUACGUGUGCUUAUUGGCAGAGACUUCUGAUGGUCGCAAAGUUCACUUCGCUCGCCUUAGUGCAAAUAAACUCGGAAACGGACAGUCGCUAACAAUUCCUGCUUUACUAACGUCACCGAAUUUGAGCAUCAAUUGCCACAUCAUGUGUGACGGCAUCGCUGGAACUAUGCGGACUGCCUCUGUCACACCAAAGAUUGCUGCGUCGAUGUUCCCGCCGCCGAAGCCUGAAUCAACGGCGCCACAGGAGCAAGAGCGUCCUGGCUCAAAUAUCUCCAGACGCCGUACUGAGACACCCUCACUCUCACAGAAACCCGCGGACGAGUUUGAUGACGGCAUCGACGAUGACGAACUUGUCAAGGUCUCUUUGAAUGAUCUAGACUUCAAUCAUAUUAGCAACUAUGCGAACCCUACGGAUGUAAUCACGCGACCAAAUACAGCAAAGAAUGCGGCAAAGACCAAGGGUCGUGCACAAGAGCCAUCCGAACCUCGAGAGCAAGUCGAUCACGAGCCCCGACAGCUGGAGAAUGGAAAAUGGGCCUGCAAUCAUCCUUGCAAGGACAAAGAUGCAUGUAAGCACCUAUGUUGCAAGCACGGGAUGGAUAAACCGCCCAAGAAAGCCGGACCGAAGCGCGUUGCUUUCCAGGAAGACCGCACCAAUCAUCAUGAGCCGGGCUUUGUGCUGGCCAAAGAAACAGGCAAAAAGACUCAGACCAAGUUGCAACUGACGGCGUCGAAACGGAAGAGCUCUGCCAUGGUCGAGGAGUUAGACAUGACCCGGCAAGAGAAGAGAAAGAAAGCCGAAUACGCGAGAACCGGCCCGAAGGACUUCAGAGAGCUCAACAAACUUCACAAAAGCAUUCAGAAGAAGAAUCUUCCGACGUCAGUCUCAGUGGCAAUGCACCAGAAACCCUCAUACUGCUACGGCCAAGGCGGCACACCUGAUCUAUCGUCCCAUGGUAUGCAGAGCUCGUUUGAGCGACCGGGAUCGGUGCUUUCAAGCGACUACGGUGAUUUGGGGCUCGACGAUUUCUCGGAACAGUCCGGAGUGGACCGAAUAUCAAAUAAUACACGAGGUGGUAUGUCCAUGGGAAUUACGGCUGACCAGACUGAUGUGGAUCGCGAGAUGGAUCCUUUCGGCGAGGAAGACUCGAUGCUGGAGGACAUUUUGCUGGGCAUGGCUGAUUUCGAGGACCUCCAAGGACCUGCCAAUAAAGACGAGAUCGGCGAGGAGGUAUCCGAUCCACAUAAACACGUUGGCUACGAUAUGAGCUACGUGGAGCACCGAUUUUCCCCACCUGCCGACUCUGUUUCUAACUCAAAGGUCAAUGUCGAACAGAAUGUGUCUGACUUGUCUCCCAUCAAGGAUUCCAUUGUGCCACGGGAGAAGGGUCAAUCUCUCUUCCUAAAUGACUCCAUUGUGCCACGGGAGAAGGGUCAAUCUCUCUUCCUAAAUGACUCCAGCAGCUCUCAAACGCGGAACUUUGAAACGACUUAUCCGAUUGUGGAAAGCUCCAAGGCGGAGCACUGCGAACGCGAGAGCGAAAGCUAUCACGAGAACCCUACGAGAGUGAGCAAAUUCUUCGAGAACAAUGCGAGGUCUUCUGACGCGGAAAUAAAAUAUCCAGAAAAGACGGAACCUGAAAUUUUCACAAAGGGAGAGGAGGAAGUGACCGUCAAUGACGAACCCAUUCUAGAACCUUACCAAGGUCUCGAGCCGUGGUUGUUCCAUGAAUUCGGUGACAUUGUGGAAAUCGUCGACUGA